GCUGUGAGUCAGACAACAAGGAGAAGCUCCUCUGCUGGCCAGGCGAUUUCCCUGCUAACGUUUGAGGAGAAGAUGGAAUCAACAACUCCUCCUUAUUUAAACUUAAUCUAUUGCUUUGGCGAGUAUGAGUAUGACAAUGAGCCACUGGCUGGACUAUGUAGUAGUGAUGGUGAAAACUUACUGGGAGCUCAACUGUCCACCAUUUACUACUUCAUGUUUCUCUUCAGUCUCUUUGGCAAUGGGCUGGUCCUGGUCAUCAUCCAUCGGUUUGAGAAGCUGACCACUGUGACCAACAUCUUGCUGCUGAACCUAGUGGUGUCCUCCCUGAUCUUCGUGAGCAGCCUUCCCUUCUUGGGAGUCUACAAGCAGCUCUCCUACUGGAUCUUUGGCGAAGUAAUGUGUAAGAUUGUAGGCAGUGUCUACUACCUGGGCUUCUACAGUUCUGUCCUGUUUCUAACUCUCCUAACCUUCGACCGACACCUUGCUGUCGUUUACUCCUUGCAUGUGUCGCAAGUGAGGAAUCAACGCUAUGCGCUGCUCUCCUGUGCUGUGGUGUGGCUGGUCAGUGGUCUGGCAUGCAUCCCAAAGAUGAUUCUCCACACAACUUUUUCUACUCUCAUCAACAAUAAAACGUUCUGUCAGGAAUAUCCUCUUAACACAACGCCUAUUGAUGACAAGCUAAGAGCAUCUGGAUUUUACCUUCAACUUUUCCUUUUCUUGCUCUUUCCUCUGAUUGUUAUUGUGUACUGCUAUGUUAGGAUUGCUAUCAUUGUCGUAUCAUCCAAGACAGUUACCAAGUUCAAGACAGUCAGGCUGAUAUUUGUCAUUGUCCUGUUGUUUUUUAUAUGCUGGACCCCAUUCAAUGUUUUACUACUGAUUGAUGAUGAAGACCUGUCCUGUAAGGAAAAGCAGAAGAGGGGUUAUGCACUUCAAGUCACUCGUGACAUUGCCCACAUUUACUUCUGCAUCAGUCCCAUCUUCUAUACAUUUGUUGGGAGAAAAUUCCAGAACUACUUCAGACAGCUGCUGGUGAAACGCUUCCCAGGGUUAAAGAAGCAUAUUUCUGUCAGUCCGGUCAGCAGAACUAGUAUGUCCACGAACAGUACACCAUAUGUUGAGUUGAGUUGAGU